ACUGCUCCGCGGAGCCGUCCGGGCGCGCCCAGGCCACCGCCUCCAGUCCGUUCCCCCGGCAACGCCUCGGGCCGUUCCCCCGGCAACGCGCGGCCGUUCUCAGUAGCAGGGGCCAUGGACCAGGUGUCGGGCGCCGGGCCCCACCGGGCUCGCGGCUGCCUCGGCGCGCCGUCCUGCGGAGCGCGGGCUCCGGGGGCACCCUGGGCACGCUUCUCGGCCUGGCUGGAGUGCGUGUGUGUGGUCACCUUCGACCUGGAGCUGGGCCAGGCGCUGGAGCUGGUGUACCCCAGCGACUUCCAGCUCACGGACAAGGAGGUGGGUCCCAGCCCUCUCCGGAGCAGACCUCACCCAGGGAGCAGGCCCUCACUGGCUUUCCUGUGUUUCAGAAAAGCAGCAUCUGCUACCUGUCCUUUCCCGACUCCCACUCAGGCUGCCUCGGGGAUACUCAGUUCUGCUUCCGCAUUCGUCAGUGUGGAGGGCAGAGGCGCCCCUGGCACACGGAUGACAGGCACUGUGACAGUGGGGCCCCCGUGUCUCUGCAGGCAGGUGAAGGACAGCUCUGUGAAGAGGGGCUACUUCCAGAAGUCUCUGGUGCUGGUGUCCCGCCUGCCCUUCGUCCGGCUGUUCCAGGCGCUGCUGAGCCUGGUUGCUCCCGAGUACUUCGACAAGCUGGCACCCUGCCUGGAAGCGGUCUGCAAUGAGAUUGACCAGUGGCCGGCCCCUGUGCCGGGGCAGACCUUGAACCUGCCUGUCAUGGGAGUCGUCCUCCAGGUGCACAUCCCAUCCAGCGCAGACAAGCCUGAAUCCGGUCCUCCAAAGCAGUGCAGCCACAAGAACCUGCUGCCAGCCCCGGUCGUCCUCACCAGUGUCCAUGAGCUGGACCUGUUCAGGUGCUUCCGGCCCGUGCUGGCCCACGUGCAGCUGCUGUGGGAGCUCAUGCUUCUUGGGGAGCCCCUGCUGGUCUUGGCGCCCUCGCCCGCAGUUUCCUCGGAGAUGGUGCUGGCCUUGACCAGCUGCCUGCAGCCCCUCAAGUUCUGCUGCGACUACCGCCCCUACUUCACCGUCCACGAUAGCGAGUUCAAGGAGUUCACGACGCGCACGCAGGCCCCACCAAGCGUGGUCCUGGGAGUCACAAACCCUUUCUUUAUCAAAACGCUCCAGCACUGGCCCCACGUUCUCCGCAUCGGGGAGCCCAAGAUGCCAGGGGACCUUCCCAAGCAGAUCAAACUGAAAAAGCCCUCAAGGCUGAAGAUCCUGGACACCAAGCCAGGCCUCUACACCGCGUACACGACCUACCUCCACCGAGACAAGGCCCUGCUCAGACGACUGCUUAAGGGCCUGCAGAGGAAGCGGCCGUCGGACGUGCAGACUGCAGUGCUGAGGCAGCACCUCCUGGAGCUCACGCAGAGCUUCAUCAUCCCUCUGGUGGGGCCUGGCCGGCGGGGAGGAGGGCGCCGGGCUGGAGGGGCAGGCAGCAGGCUGUGGCCCAGACUCAGACUCACUCCCCUUCCCCCCCAGGAGCACUACAUGGCCAGCCUCAUGCCCCUGCAGAAGAGCAUCACGCCCUGGAAGACCCCUCCCCAGAUCCACCCCUUCCGCCAGGACGACUUCCUGCGUAGCCUGGAGCGCUCGGGGCCCCAGCUCACCUGCCUCCUCAAGGGCGACUGGCUGGGCCUCUACAGGCGGUUUUUCAAGUCCCCCCAUUUUGAUGGCUGGUACCGACAGCGGCACAAAGAGAUGGCCCAGAAGCUGGAGGCCCUGCACCUCGAGGCCAUCUGUGAGGCGAACCUCGAGAUCUGGAUGCAGGACAAGUCCGAGGUGGAGGUCGUGGAUCUGGUCCUGAAACUUCGGGAGAGGCUGGUUCGGGCACAGGGCCACCAGCUCCCCGUGAAGGAGGCGACGCUGAAGCGGGCGCGGCUGUACAUCGAGACAGUCGUCGGCUCCCUGCCCAAGGACCUGCAGGUCGUCCUGUGCCCUCCCUAGGAUGGGGCCCAUGGCCCGGGGCCUGGCUGCCCCUCGGGGCCUGGGUCUGGCCGAGAUUCCCUCCCCCCAGUCAAGCAUGAGAUCCCCCACCCAAGCUUCCGGUUGCCCCUGGUCCCCCACCUGGCACCACCAUCAUCCCAGCAGACAAGGUGGCAUUUGGAACUACAGCCUGGCCCCUGACUGUUGGCGGAUCACGUGCUGCAGAGCCUCCCCUCCCCCUGGGCCCCACCUGUCUUCUCCAGGGUCUUAGGCAGGGGUGGGGGGCAGGCUGUGAGCCCUGCUGAUCUGAUCUGGGCCAAGGCCACACACCCCUCCAGGAGCCCAUCUGCCCAAGCCCUGCAGGCCCAAGCGUUGCAUCUGAUGCGUCCUUUAGACCCACCAGGCUGCCCAGCUCAGGACGGAAGGAGGCGGCUGACAGGCAGACCCCUCUCCUCACACAGCCCGCCCCCCGCCUGUCUUGCCUGGGGGCUGAGGGGGGAACCUCGCCUGCGGUCAUCACUUGGGAGGGGAGAAGCCGCUUUGCCCGGAGAAGAGCUGUGCCCUGUGGUUCGCUGGGAUGCCGCCAGGACCCGCGUGGCUGCCAGGCGGGUCCAGGUCGUUGUCUUUGUUCCACUCCAGGGACACCCCACUGGGCACCUUCUCCGUUCACUCUGCCCUGCGCUGCUGCUCGUCGGCUGGCAGGCCCUCGAGUCACCCCCGUGUUCAUGCAGCCCCACAGGCAGUGAGGGGCUUGGACUCUAGCCUGACCAGGCCCGCGGCCUUGGGGCACCAAGCUCCUCGGCAAGGAGUGAAAGCCCCUCAGAAGGGAUCCACGCCCCCAUAUGACACCUUGGAGCACUGGGCCAAGCAGUCACGUGCUGUCAUCGGCACCAUCACAGCUCAGCGCGCAGUGGCAGCUGGUGGGGGGCAGGGCAGGGGGGGAGGCGCGGACCCAGAGCUGCAGGCCUUUGGGUAAGUCCCACCGAACCCAACCCCAGAUGCCUCACCUGAGGCACAAGGCCUCGUAGAUGCCCGCGUCGGCCUUGGAGGCAACCUGAGCUGAGUCCUGGCUGAGCGAUGUGGUGCGGGAGGCAGGCCGAGCGGGGGGCUUUCCCUUCUCUCCUGAUUCCCCACAGUCCGUGUCCUGGGAUGGAGCAGUGACGCAGCCACUCCUCCCAAGCGGAGUUCGGUGGAGCUGCCAGAUGACAGAGGCGCUGGCCUCAGAGCUGCCAGCGUCGUCUUGUCCGGCCCUGACCACUGCCUAGGACAGCCCGGCGCGUCCGCAGCCUGCAGACAGCUGAGCUCGGCCUGGUGUGCGACCGCAGUCAGAGGACAGAAUCGAGGCAGCAGAGGGAGAGGCGAGCUGGAGGCCCUCAAGUGAGGAAGGACUUUGUGGCCCCAGUGCCACUUUGGAAAGUCUGCCCUGCUGUCUGGCCGUGAGGGGUGUGCCCCGGCAAUUGCACGGUCCCUUCCCUUGGCUUUCUGAGGGUGACUGCGGGUGAUGGAGGGCUGCAGGGGAGCGGCUGCAAAGGGGCCUCCGCAAAGCCCUCAGGGACUUUUGCCUCCAUCGACCCAGGAAGGCACAACCUGAUUCCCCCGAAUCCUUGCAUGCUCCCUCGAGGACUGCUUGUGUCCACGCAGCAGCCCCUCACAGCGGCUUGUCCUCAGGAACACUGGUGCAGCGGGAUGUCGGGGGAGGGACGCCUGGCAGAGUGGGCAACACUGCCCAGGGUGGAAUCCAAAGCUGAAGGGUACAGGUGGGAGGAGGUCCCUCCCCUGGAGUGCCUGCAGCUGUGGGGGGGGCCUCCUCCUCACAGCCUGACCCCCCUGCCCAGACAGGGGCCUGAGGGUGAGGGCUGGGGGUGGAGUCCUGCCAACUCCAUCGUCUCCCCCAUAAGACCCUGGGUUCCCUCUCAGGAUCAGGUCAGCUCCGGCUGGGCUGAGCCUCUGUCCCCCCACCAGGCUGGGGACAGGCAGUGAGAAGGGAGGAAGGGGCAGGAAGAUCAAAAGAGGCAGACCCACCACCUACUAGAGCCCCGUGGACAGGAGGCCUGGACGGACAGGAACCAGUGGUCCAAGAGGGCGCUGUGGUCGGCGGCCAGUAUGUGAAGCCGCCUGCUUUUGGGGAUCGUGUGUGGGCCUGGUGUGGUGGCCGGGAUGGGGGUGGGAGGGCAGUGGGCUGAUCCAGGGACAGGAAGGACAGUCUUCACCCCCAAGCUUCCUGCACUCUAUUUAAAGACUCCGUUUUAGUCUGUGAUGGUGGACUUCCCACAUCUUUGGUAUUAAAAUGUCCUUCUGUGACACGA